AUGGCGCCUCUGAGCUCAAUCCGCACCUCUGGCGACAAGAUUGAGAUCGUCAACCAGCUCCUGCUGCCACACACAACGGAAUUCAUCGAGAUCGACACCAUCCAGCAGGCCCACGAUGCGAUCAAGUCCAUGAAGAUCCGCGGUGCACCCGCCAUCGCGUCUUUGGCCGCACUCUCAAUCGCCUCGCAUCUGUCGCGCGCGUUGCAGGCCUCCCCGGCGCCGGAGUUCCUCUCCUCGCCGAGCGCACUGAAGGAACACGUCGAGCCACAGCUCGCGCUCCUGUCCACGGCACGUCCCACUGCAGUCAACCUCGGUGCAGCGACGCGACGUCUCACAAAGACGCUCGAUGCUGCGAUCGAUGCGGGGAAGGACGCGCGUGCGAUUGCGGCGGACCUCAUCGCGGAGGGGAGGAGGAUAGACGACGAGGACGUAGUCCGGAACAGGCAGAUGUCGAAGUGGGGCGGGGAAUGGCUAGUAGAGCGGGUGAAGAAGACGGGUGCGACGGGUGCGGAUCUGAACGUCGUGACUGUGUGCAAUACGGGGUCGCUGGCGACGUCGGGAUACGGAACCGCGUUGGGACUGAUCACUUACCUGCACGAGACGGGGAAGUUGAAGCAGGCGUAUUAUACCCAGUCCACACCUUAUCAUCAGGGGUCGCGACUUACAGCCUUUGAGCUCCAAACGCUCAAAAUACCCUCCACUAUGCUUUGCGACAGCAUGGUCGGCUCGCUAUUCCAGCAUCACGACAUCCACGCUGUAGUGGUUGGCGCAGAUAGGAUAGCUAGGAACGGGGAUACCGCGAACAAGGUUGGAACAUAUAACGCAGCCGUCCUUGCCUCACGACACAUGAUUCCAUUCAUCGUCGUUGCGCCAAUAAGCACCAUCGACCUGGACGUUCCGAACGGCAGUGUUAUACCUAUCGAGCAGCGGCCAGCUUUGGAGGCAUGCCUCGUGCGCGGUGCCCUCUAUCCACCGACUACCAACGCGCAAGGGAUCAAAGAACAGGCUACGGUGAUGGUGACACCAUCUGACCUUGAAGGGGUGUACAAUCCAAGCUUCGACGUGACGCCUUCGGAUCUCAUCACCGCUAUUGUGACCGAGAAGGGCGUGGCUGUGAAGAAGGAUGGAGAGAAUACCUUUGACUUGACAGAAGUUGUAUGA